GGAUAUAAAUUUGAGGCACUGCAGAAACCAGAUAUCGUUUGAAUACUUCGCAGGCUCGGAGGCACCAUGGAGGAUAAAUUAAUCGGAAGAGAAGCUUUAAAGCAGAAUUUCGUUGCCAAGGAAUACUUAACAACUUAUGUGUCUGUUGGGUGUGGUGGCCCUCCAACCUGUGGCACGAUAUAUGCUCCUGCUUUGGAGAAGCUCCACAAGACAUUCAGUAGAGGUGACAUCCGAGGGGACACCCUGAUUGAUAUUGGAAGUGGGCCCACCAUCUACCAACACGUGUCUGCCUGUGAAUAUUUCCAAGAGAUCAUCACCAGUGAUUUCCUUGAGCAGAACCAGGAGGAGAUUAAGAAGUGGCUGAAGAAGGAUCCGGAAGCGUACGACUGGUCUCUGAUUCUGAAAUAUGUCUGCGAGUUGGAAGGAAACAGGGAGAAGUGGAUGGAGAAGGAAGAGAAGCUGAGGAGGACCAUCAAGCGGGUCCUUCCGUGUGACGCCACCCUGCCCAACCCUUUUGACCCGGUGGUGCUCCCGCCGGCCGAUUGCCUCCUCUCCACGUUCGCCCUGGAAGUGGCCUGCAAAGACCAUUCCAUCUACCGCUCCGUCGUGAAGAAUCUGGGCGCUUUGGUCAAACCGGGGGGUCACCUCAUUUUUGCUGCGACUCUCGGAGUCAGCUACUGGAUGGUCGGCCCCUCCAAGUUCGAUUGCAUGGCCCUGACCCCAGAGGUUGUUGAAGGUGCCGUGAAAGAUGCUGGCUUUGAAAUCUUGUCAUGUGAGAGCCUCGGGUUUACUUUUCCCCCGGGCAUCUGUGAUGCAUAUGACUCACUAUUUCUCGUGGCCCGGAAGCCCAAAUGAAACCUAGUGGGUUAACGAGAAAGGAUAAAAAUUCAACAUUGAAAUAUCUGGAAAAAAAAUCAAAAUAAAAUCGCAAAGCUGUUGA